CAAGUAUGUAACUAGCUCCAAAGCAGAUCUGAAAGUGCACUGUAAAGAACACCUUCCGUUCCCAAUGCCUGUAGGAGUGGCUUCCAACCUACAGACUGUGCACGUUGGUGAUUUUCAGAAUGUAGCCUCGGUGGAGACAACUGAAACUCAAGAUGCCUUGUCACAGAUCUCAGAUGCUAUUGCUGCUUACCAAGCACAGGCUGAAUUACAAAAUCAGGUCAUUACGCAUACAGUGGAAACAUCAGAACAUGAAAAGGAUGUAGGUGAAAGUGAAGUGAGUGGUGGAGAGCAAGUAAUAGUAAUACCACAGUUAGAGAAUACCUCUGCUGGUGAUGGAGAAGUCAGAGAAGUUGUCAUUGAAUAUGCUACAGAUGGAAGUCAGGUGCAUUUAGUUGAUGAAGAUGGCAACCAAUUACAGGCUGUUAAAUACAUAGAUGGACAAGUUGAACUGAUAGAGCAACCACAUGAACACAUAGUAGAAGCUCAAGAAGAAGGCGUUGAGACACACCUAGUAGAAAUACCUGUCAUGGGCCAUGAAAGUGAAGUGGGUCAAAAUGAGGUCACUGCUGUUGCUAUGCAAGGAUGAAGUCGAAUUAAAUGUCAAAUAUUGUAUUUGAGUUGUGUGUCCAUUAUGAAAAAAUAUGUUUGGAUGCAAAUGCUUAUUUUAUGGAUACAAUGUAUGCUUCCAUAUUGUACAUGUACAUGGAG